AUGAUUGUCCCUGUAAGAUGUUUCUCUUGUGGUAAGGUUGUUGGUGACAAAUGGGAAGCCUACUUAAACAUGUUGCAAGAAGAAGAACUCGAAGAAGGUACUGCUUUGACCAGAUUAGGACUAAAAAGAUACUGUUGCAGAAGAAUGAUCCUCACUCACGUUGAUUUGAUUGAGAAGUUCUUAAGAUAUAAUCCUUUGGAAAAGAGAGAUUAA